AUGAAUGACGACACCCCUCCUCUGGGUCUGAAGCGGACCCGGGCCCUGGGCGACGUGUUGGAGUACUUGCUCCGCGAGUUCGCCCGCAACCAGAAGCCGCCGCCCGACCACCGCAAGAGCAUCGCCGCCCACACGGGGAUGCUGGAGAAGGCGGUGCGGAUCUGGUUCCAGAACCGGCGGGCCAAGCUCCGCAAAGUGGAGAAAAUGAAAGGCACCGACUCCACCGACAAUUCUCAAUCUGGUGCCAUCAAUGCCAAUACUACCAACGGCGCUGGUGCCCACUUGACGCUGGCACUGCUCGCGGUGCACUCGGACUCCUCCGUCGACAUCAACGGCAAGUACUCGCUCAUCGACUGCCUGCUGCUUUCGGUGGGGCUCUGGCAGCGCGUCAAGACCGGUAGUUUCGACAUCGACCUCAUGAAGCAGCUGUUCGUCAACUUGCUGCCGCACGUGGUCAACCUGAUGAUGGGCGACGGCGACUUGCUCGUGAUCCUUCUGCGGAAAAACUAUGAAGUCAACUACUUCUUCCUGGCCAUCACCAACAACUCCAAGAUCCUCUUCCGCAUCUUCUACCCGGUGUCGCUGGUGGUGCAGUGCCUGGUGCUCAACAACCACAUGGGGCUGGCGAAGACGCUGUGCGAGCUCCGGGUGGUACUUUCGCAACAGCCCAAGUUCCUGGUGUACUUCUUCAACCGCAACCACGCCCUGACCAACCAGUGGCUGAUUUGUGACGAUUUUAGCGAGGGCCAACAAGUAUCGCAAGCAGUAACGCUGGGGCUGCGGCUGGCCCUGGAUACCACCCCCCACGUGCUUGUGGGGCUGAAGCUGCUGUUACAGUACCUCAACGCGUUUAUCCUGGAAAAUAACCAGGUGUUGGCGCAGACGGUGGCCCGAGGGUUAAGCCAAGUGCACAUGGACCCCCCGGCGGUGGCGGCUCCGCUGGCGCCGCUGAUGGCGCCGCUCGCUGCCUACGACGACAUCUUGGGGCUCUGGGACUCCGGCGCGGGCGCCGGACACAUGCCGCCACCCGAACUCACCCUGGCGCUGGCGCCGUCGCUGACCACCAACGCCACAGCGGCGCCGCUGGACCUGGACACCCCGAACUUCGGCACGAUGAUCCUCCACGGGCUGACCGCCGACGACAUCGCCGCCAACCUCGACUACCUGCCGAUGUUGGCGAUGGACGACAACAUCCUGCCCCAACUGCACCAGCUGACGUUGGCGCCGGCGCCGAUGGGGUCGGGGGGUUUUGAGGCGCUGCCCGACACUCCUGAGUUCCUCGCGUUUGACCCGCCGCUGGCGGGACUGGCCCCGGCGCUGGAACUGCCGCUGGUGGGGCAACUCGACCCGCUAGCCGCCGUCACCGCCCUACCAGCCUACACCCACACGGGGUCGCUGACGCUGGGCGACUACCAGGCGGUCGACGUCGAGUUGGACAUGGCGCCGGUGGCGGCGAUGGAGCUGGAGCUGAACGCCACCGCCACCAACAACAUCGACAGCUUUAUAGAUUUCGGAGGUUACUAA